AGGGCCCAAGACGUGAUAAACCCGAAGACCCCCCAUUGCAAUGUCAUGCUACUCCAGCACGGCGAUGGACAUGAUGACAAAUAUUGUCAUGCGAGGGUUCUCGGUAUCCACCAUAUUAAUGUCAUUCAUUCAGGCAACAUGUAUGAAUCCUGCCGAAUAGACUUUCUGUUUGUUUGGUGGUAUGAACUUACACAAAGCCAUGCAUGGGAAACACAUGCUUUGGGACGGGUUCACUUCCUUCCUUUGUCGAAUCCAAAUGCCUUUGGCUUCAUGGAUCCAGGAGCGGCUCUGAGGGCAUGCCAUAUAAUUCUGGCUUUCUCUCAUGGCUGGCGCAAUCUGAACUGCGGGAUUUCUCCCCUUUCAGGAGAUAAACAUGACUGGCUAGAAUACUACAUUAACAGGUGA